CGAAUUGGUUUAGAUUCCUUUCAUACUUGGCUAUCUGAAAUUUGUAAGUUUUGUCAAGGUACCAAGAUGUUGCAAGGGGUUUGGUUAUGUAAUUCUCAUUGUUUUCAGUCAUGUAGUUAAUCAGUGGAAAAUCAGUGGAAAGGCCUUAAGGGCGGUCACAGGUUUUUUGAUUCCAUGGCCUGGUGACAGAAGAUUUUUUUUUUUUUGCCCUACUGCUUCUGCAUUUAGAGUUUGAUUCUCUGCCACGGAUGUCAAGUCUGAUAUUUCUUUGCUUCAUCACGUAUUUUCUAUCUCUUAAAUGUUCCUAAGUUAAGCAAUGGACUAAUGCCCUUUUAUUACUCCUCACUAGUUGUCAAGAAGAAGCAAAAUUAUACUAGUGUGCAUGAAGCAGUGAAAGCUGGGGAUGUAGAACAGCUUGCAUCAAUGAUAAAAAGUGGAGCCAGUAUUAAUGAGGUGGAUGAAGUCCACCGAUUCACACCCUUGCAGUGUGCUGCCCACUCUGGAAGUCUGGAGUGCCUUCACUGGUUGCUCUGGCAUGGAGCUGACAGCACACAAGUGACAGUCCGAGGCUGGACAGCAGCUCACCUCGCGGCCAUCCGAGGGCAGGAUGCCUGCAUGCAGGCUUUGUUAUUGAACGGAGCGGAUGCAGCAGCUCAGGAUGAGCGUGGGUGCACGGCCGCACACCUGGCUGCAGCCCACGGGCACUCCUACACCCUGCAGACCUUGCUGCGGGCGGGGGCGGUGAGACACCUGCCUGGUCCCACUGCAGAGCCACAGCCCGGCAACUUUUCCCAAGCAAAACCCUCCCUAAAUGUGAAUGUUUCGGAUAGGAAUGACUGGAAACCUGUUCAUUAUGCUGCUUUUCAUGGUCGAUUGGGGUGUUUGCAGYUUCUUGUUCGAUGGGGAGCAUGUGUAGAUGAUGUGGAUAACAAUGGAAACCUUCCAGCACAUCUGGCAGCAGUGGAAGGACACUUGCAUUGCUUUAAGUUCUUGGUUGGGAAAAAGGCCGAUGUUACGCGCGCACUGAAAGCCAGGAAUGACCAUGGAGAGACUCCAAGGGACUUGGCUGAACGGUUCUAUAAAGAUAAUAUUCUGCAAUAUAUUGAUAGUGUGGAAAAAGAGGGAGAGCAUCCAGAGGCACAGGAAGUUUUAGCUUUCCCAGCUCAUGAUGCUGCUUUCAAAGGGGACUUGUCAGURCUUAGAGGACUAGUGAGAAGUGGAGUAAUCAAUGUUAAUGAUCGGGAUGAUAAGGGAUCCACUCUCCURCACAAAGCUGCUGAACAGGGGCAUAUCCAUUGCUUACAGUGGUUGGUUGAAAUGGGAGCUGACUGUGACAUUACAAAUGAUGCUGGAGAGACUCCAAAGGAUGUAGCCAAGAGAUUUGUCCAUCUGGCAGCUGUGGCACUUUUGACACCAAGAACUGGAGACAGUAACUGUAGUGAUGAAGAACUAGAUGCAAACAAUGUAAAGUUUUUUGAAACACAUGGUGUGGAAGGGAGUACAGAUAGCAAAGAAGAUUUAACCCUGGAUAAAACAGAGAAAAAGAAUGCACGCAUAAGGGCCUAUCACAAGAUUAAAGAACUUCAGCGACUUCUAGAAAUUGCCUAYAGCAACUACAGACAGCUGGGAGGAAUAACUGAAGAGGAGAGGAAGAUGAAAAAAGAAAGUAAARCUGAGAAGGCCGUGAGGGAGCUGGAGGCCCAGCUGGAAUACGAGCGGGUCAGGCGGGAGAAGCUGGAGAGCCAGCUGGACGAUUACCGCGCUGAGAUAAGCCAGCUCAGAGAGAGCCGGCAGAAAACCCGCACCCCCUCUGCCACCUUCGCGGAAGCUGAGACAAUGGCCAAGUCUUGCAAAGACAAAACGAAAAUAAAGAAGCAGCCAGCCUGCAGGCCGGGAAGAGUGUUUGUGAAACUACGCUGAGGAACGAGCCUCAAAGGAGGGGCAGAAGACUGUGGAGGUAUAAAAGCAAUAUUCCAGAUAAUGCAAAGUGCUYGCACAACCCAGCUCCACUGAUGAGUUGUGGUUCUCUGCCUUCUACUUGAACUAUGUUUUUAGUUCUCUAGUUCUCUAGCGUAACAAGAAGAAAGUCACAGGCCCUCUUAGUUCUGAGAAAASUAUCUCCCUCCACUGGUCUAUUUUGUACUACUACCUUUGGAUGGAAAAAAUGCACAUUACCUCCAAGAAUAUUCAGUGUGGAAGCUCAAUAGUGUCCAGGAGAGUUAMUUCUCAGCUGCAGACAGGAGCCCCUUGAUUUUCAUCUUCAGUCAUUCCUAAAGGCAGGAAGCAACUCCUCUGUGAGGUGCCAGCUGACCUGCAGUAGUGGGUCUCUAACUCAGGGCUGAAGACUUCACCAGAUUAUGGAUGGGGCAGCUUGUGGUUAGAAACAGCAACCCUGACCUCUCCUCCACACCUAAAAAUAAUUUAAUGGCUAAACACAUAAAAGUUUUUCUCGUAUCUGUGUGCUAUCCUGAAAUUAUUUUCCCUCUGAAACCCUCAUUUUGAGAUUUAAUUAUUUUAGGGCUGAAGUCCCRAUCUGUCCUU